UCCCCCGGAGCCCAGAGCGGAGCCACGUGCCGGCUGCGUACGCAGGCAGAGAGGGCGCUGGAGACGCGGGAGAGCGUUCUGCCCUGUAGUCCGCGGCCCGGGUCGCCUAGGAGACGCGGCUCGCGAGCGGCUCCCAUGGCUGCGUCGCAGCGAGUGGUGCUGGGGCCGCUGGUGGGUUCGAUCGACCAGGGCACCAGCUCCACGCGCUUCCUGGUUUUUAAUGCGAAAACAGCAGAGCUCCUGAGUCACCAUCAAGUAGAAAUAAAACAGAAAUUCCCUAAAGAAGGAUGGGUAGAGCAAGAUCCAAAGGAAAUCUUGCAAUCCGUUUAUGAAUGUGUGGAGAAAACAUGUGAGAAAUUGAACCAGCUAAACAUAGACAUCACCAACAUAAAAGCUGUUGGAGUCAGCAAUCAGAGAGAGACAACUGUGGUUUGGGACAAGACAACUGGAGAACCUCUAUAUAAUGCUAUUGUGUGGCUUGACCUGAGAACCCAGCCAACAGUUGAGAGACUUCUUAAAAUAAUUCCAGGGGAAAAUAAAUCCUUUUUUAAGACUAGGACUGGCCUUCCACUUAGCACAUAUUUCAGUGCAGUGAAACUUCGAUGGCUCCUAGACAACGUGGAAGAGAUCAGGCAAGCUGUUCGUGAUGGGCGAGCUAUGUUUGGUACCAUUGAUUCAUGGCUUAUAUGGAGUUUGACGGGUGGGAAGAAUGGAGGUGUUCAUUGUACAGAUAUCACCAAUGCCAGUAGAACGAUGUUGUUCAACAUUCAUUCCUUGGAGUGGGAUUCUGAACUCUGCCAUUUUUUUGAUGUUCCUAUGGAAAUACUUCCAAAAGUGCGGAGUUCCUCUGAGAUUUAUGGUUUGAUGAAAAUGUGCCCUAGCCUGAAAUCUGGAGCCCUGACAGGCGUGCCAAUUUCUGGGUGCCUGGGUGACCAAUCUGCUGCUCUAGUUGGACAAAUGUGUUUCAAGGAUGGACAAGCAAAAAAUACGUAUGGAACAGGAUGUUUCUUGCUUUGCAAUACAGGUCAAAAGCCUAUAUUGUCUGAACAUGGCCUUCUGACCACAGUGGCUUACAAACUGGGCAGAGACAAACCUGUAUGUUAUGCACUAGAAGGCUCUGUUGCCAUAGCUGGUGCUGUUGUUCGUUGGCUAAGGGACAAUCUUGGUAUAGUAAAGUCUUCAAGUGAAGUUGAAAAACUUGCUGCAGAAGUGGGAACUUCUUAUGGCUGCUACUUUGUCCCAGCAUUCUCGGGAUUAUAUGCACCAUACUGGGAACCCAGUGCACGAGGUAUUAUCUGUGGCCUUACUCAGUUUACAAAUAAAAACCACAUUGCCUUCGCUGCAUUAGAGGCUGUCUGCUUUCAAACACGAGAGAUUUUGGAUGCUGUGAACAAGGACUGUGGGCUACCACUGAGUGAGUUACAAGUAGAUGGAGGAAUGACUAACAACAAGAUUCUUAUGCAGCUCCAAGCAGAUAUUCUCUGUAUUCCAGUAGUGAAGCCAUCAAUGCCUGAAACAACAGCACUAGGAGCUGCCAUGGCAGCCGGAGCAGCGGAAGGAGUUGGAGUUUGGAGUCUGAAUCCUGGGGAUUUGACAGCAGUGACAUGGGAACGAUUUGAACCACAGAUCAAUCCUGAGGAAAGUGAAUAUCGCUAUGCCAGGUGGAAGAAAGCUGUAAUGAAAUCAAUGGGCUGGGAGACAUCUGAACCUCAGGCAAAUGGUGACUCUAGUAUCUUCUCUAGUCUGCCUUUGGGUUUUUAUAUAGUGAGUAGCAUGAUAAUGUUAAUCGGAGCAAAGUACAUCUCAGAGUUGGAACUGAAGCAAUGUCUCCGCAUGGUGUAUUGUGCUGUCCAAGUUGCUUCCUCUGAAAGAUGGUAUAAAACAUCUAGUUAAGAUCCCACAAAGGGCGGCAUUAGCCUCAUCAGCAGGGCCAUCUUCCAAAACAUGUCAUAUAAUUCUGCCUACCUAAAUUCCUCUGCUAUUGCAUAUGUAUGAGACAUUCUUCCUCACCUUUUGUCUCUUAAAUUGUUGGGUUGUCUGGUGGCUACUGCAUUCAACCAGAGAGAUGGCUGUGAAAUUGCAAACUAGUUACAAAUGGGCAUAACAGCACCUACCACUGAAAUGCAGAAAAAUCUAUGCAGAUUGGCUAAAUUAGGAUUUUAACUAUGGAAAGCUGAUCCCCAUUUCAAGAAAAUGAAGCUAAAAGCAUCCUAUUUCAACCCCUCCAUGUGAUGUUAAAUGUGUUGUGGUACAUUCUGUACUUCUGAUGAAUAAUCUUUUCUUUUCUUAAGGAAUUGACAAAUGAGGCCUCUUAACGGAUUACCGGAAUACAUCCUGUUUGGUUUAUGUACGAAGAGAGAAGAAUCCAGUUAUCACCCAAUAGGAUGGCACUCUUUGUUUGAUUAGUUAAUUUAUAAACCGAUCUGUUGUCUGACCUACAGAGACAUCUAAUGUUGUGGAUUUCUAACUUGAAAUAAGGAAAGUAAGCUCCCCUUACCUCCCCCCCCCCCCCACACACACACACAAUAUGCCACUCUUGUCUCCUCCCUGACCCGCAUUUAAGUAUCCUUUCAAGGUCCAUAGGUCCUAACUUUGUUUGAGGAUGUGCCAUAAAUAGAAGUUGUAAUCUUUCUAAUUGUUGGUACUUUAUUAUAAUACAUUACAGUAAGUCAUAAAAUAGUUAAAUUAUUUCCCAGCUGCUGUGAAUUAGUUGUAUUUCUAUGGUUGCUAAAAGCAUUUUUUGUUCAGUGGCUGCUGGAUUGAAACAUCUGUAUUGGUAUAGGGUUUUUUUUUUUUUUUUUAACAUUGACUUAGUACCGGACACUUUAAUAUCUGCAGACUCUUCUUAAAUAUUGAUCAAAACAUUAAAUGAGGUUUGAUUUAUUGUCUCUAGUAUACACAUUCAUGGUAUGAUCAUUGAUAAGAACUAUUUAAGACACUAAAUCCUAACUCUGUCUCUUGGAAGGGAAUAGGGAGAAUCAACUUUUUUGGUAAAGGCCAUUUUUGUACAUUUGCAUUGUUUUGAAAGCCAGAUUUUACACAGGAGAGCCUCGUAGAACUUAACAACUGAUAGCCCUUACAGUUAAAGGGAAGUAUUGACCCUUGUUGUCCUGUGCUGUAUUUGGGCUUUUCUCAUACCAGUUUAGGAUACUACAUGAUGCACAAAACUUUAGAAAGAUGCAGCUAUUUCUGUUUACACAAACAGGAUACACUCUAAAUAAGUUGUUCUCCCUCAUCACUUUAUGUUCUUGAUCACAUUUAGUGCAUCUUAAGGACCAAAAGCUGCUUCUGAAUUUGCAUAACCAUGUUUUUACUUAAUGAGCUUGUUUUGUGUCCUGAAUUGUGAUGUUUGCAAGCCCAAAUCCAAGCUUUGGGAUACACAAACUUGAGUAUCCAAAACUAGGCACUUAAGGUCUAAGCCACAAACAAACUUAGAAAUUGCCUUCAGUUAUGUAUGUAGAUGUAAAAAAUGUAGACCCGGUAUAUCUAAACAGAUAGUCAGUCAUCUAAGAUGACCAAAGGAAAAGUGACUGAUAGUAGCAACAUAAAUUAUUUAAUAGCUUAUUUGGUAGGGCAGAGAAGAUGUUUCUGCACAGGCAAGACGAUACUAAUGUUACAGUGACACUGAGGAGGAGAGUCAGUGUGGGAACUUUCCUGUCAUUUAUUUUGAAUGUUUCUCAUAGAUGCACUAGGAGCUAAAGGGGGUGUUUUUGUGUUCAAAAGCUCUCUCCUGAUCUGUCUGAUACAAAAGCAGUCAUUCGCUAAUAAAGCUUUAUUUCUUCCAUAAACUGUAAAGGAGGAGCUAGUAGAGAAUAUGAAGUAUUGGAGCUGCAUAGAAGUUCAGGUCUGUACAUGUAUUUAAUAUAAACUGCCUUUUUAUUAUCAAGUGCAAUGAAGUCUGAAAACAUCUGCUUUUUAAAUGUUCACUGAAGAAUAUAUCUUCCCAUUGAUGCUUGUAUAACUGAUUGAUACUCAUGGGAGUCUUAUGCAUUGGUGGAAAUGUAUAACCUCCCUUCAUAACCAUAAUCUAUUCACUCAGUCCUUAUGUCACUUGAAUGUACUUUGUCCACACUAACUUCUGCAAAUACCUAGUAUUUGGAUACAUGUAGCAAUGAAGGUUUCUGGUUUUCAAUAUGUAUUCAGAUAUAUCUAUAGAAGUAUACUGAAGGAGGAGUGUCAUCGGUAAAUAAUGGUAAAACAACAAAGCUCCUCAACUUAACACAAUUCUCAAUCUUCAUACCCUUUGUGACUUACUCUCUACAAUCUCACAUCUAUACUACAGGGACUACAUUGGCAUAGCUACGGUGCUAUACUUAUGCUAUCUUAAUUCUGUAUUGUGGAUGUAGCCUGCUCCAAUAGAAGUUUUUCCAUUGGUAUAGAAAGAGCACCAUGUCAAGGUGAUGGUAUCUUGGUUGACAGAAACAUGCUUUUGUUGACCUAACUGCAUCUACCCAAGGGUUAGGUUGGCAUGGCUACAUCGCUUUUGGGAGGUGAAUUUUUCACAUCCCUGAGCAAUGCAGCUAUGUGGAACUAAUCCCUAAUGUAGACCAGGCCAAACACCAGGGACCAAUGUAGUGCUAGUAGCCCCUGGAGGAGGACACCGAUUAAGGGUGGUCAUACCCUAGAAAAUGGGGUUUCUGGAUAGAGUUAUUUGCCAAAAUUAGUUCCCAAGUGGUUAUUUUCUACAGAUUAAUGCUGAAACAGGAAACCUGUAAUAUGUAAUGAACCUGAAAUCAUUAAUUUCAUUGUGUUGCCUUUUACACUGGUGUAUCCUGUUUUUUGCAUACAGUAUUGAUUCUGCUGUUUUUCUGACAUAUAAAACCUAUUGUGAGAUGAUGCUGUUCCAAUUGCAGUUUGUGAGUAAAUGAUUGUAACUUAUUUUCUGUGAGAUUCAAAUUACUAUUCCAGACAUUCUUUUAUUUCAAAGCCAUUGUUAAUUUUCUAUCAAAAUAGCUUAAAUUAACUAUAAAUAACUUGAAAACCUCUUCAAAUAAAUUGUGUGAAUAGAAGUUGACUUUUUUCUAUAAAUUGCCAGAUUUAUGAAUUCUUACUUGAAAAACAUUGACAUUGAAAUACAUUGAAUAAAUUGGCUUAAAAAUUUG